UAUCUGGCUCCAUAAAACGAGCAGUUUGUGUAUCAUAUUCGACGUAAUUUUCUACAAAUUAAUCAUGACUCAAUUGUACAGUUUUUUUUUAUCUUUCUAAAUUUCAAAAAUAGUCAGAUAGGUAGUUACGUUCGCAGACAUCGAGCAACAUUCAAUCAUUUCCUGCUUGUUUAUUGUGUGAUCGAUGACAAUUUCUAUCAGAAUAUUCGCAAUAUAAUUUUUUCACUGUGACAAACAUUUCGCGUACUAAUGGUUGAAGUUUUCGGAGUUGAAAAUGAAAAAUUUAUCCACAUUCCUUUUGCAAAUAAUAUGUUCGGUGUGUUUUCUAACACAAUGGACGUUAGCUCAACAAAACGUAUCUAACGAGAUUUGCGCUUCGAAGGCAAGAUGUAACGAAUGUAUUCAAAUUUAUGGAUGUGGAUGGUGUUCAGAUCCGAAUUUCAAGGAUAAACGAUGUUCGAAAAGUGGCGAAUCUUCCAAGUGCUCAGACAACUACUUUAUAAAUCCGAAAAUUGAAACAACUGGUAAUGAAUCGGAUGCUUUAACCGAGGUGAUCAAACGUGAUGAUUCGGUCUCAGAUUCAUCCAGUCAAAAAAAAAUUGUUCAAGUAAUGCCGCAGAUUUUAAAAGUGAAUCUCCGACCAAACGAAGGAAAUCCGUAUAAGUUUAAGAUCUGGUACAAGCGAGUGAAAGAUUAUCCAAUAGACUUGUACUACCUAAUGGACUUAUCCCAAUCUAUGAAAGUUCAAAGAGAUAAAUUAUCAGCAUUGGGAGAGGAGCUGGCAAGUACUAUGAAGAAAAUAUCCAGCAACUUUAGUUUGGGAUUUGGUAGUUUUGUAGACAAAGUGGAGAUGCCCUACGUUAACAUUUUGCCUGAAAAGUUAAAGACACCUUGUGAAGAUUGUACUGCUCCUUUUGGUUUCCAGCAUGUGAUGAGUCUUAAUCAAAACACGAGUCAAUUCUCCGAUAAAGUAAAGUCAGCCAACUUAUCUGGCAAUUUGGAUGGUCCGGAAGGUGGUUUCGACGCAAUCAUGCAAGCUAUCGUCUGUCAUAAGCAAAUUGGUUGGAGAGAUCAUGCUCGUAAAUUGUUGGUCUUUUCUACAGAUGACUCAUUCCAUUAUGCUGGCGAUGGAAAACUCGGAGGUGUAACAAAACCUAACGAUGGGUGUUGUCAUCUGAAUGAAAAUGGCCAAUAUACACAUUCUUCGAUUCUGGAUUAUCCUUCUGUGUCGCAUAUCAAUUCAAAAUUGAAAGAAAAUUCGAUAAAUUUGAUAUUCGCUGUAACACAGAAACAAAUUGAACUUUAUAAAGAGUUGACAAAUUUCAUAGAGGGCUCUUCUGCAGGUGAAUUAUCAUCAGACUCUUCAAACGUGGUCGAAUUGGUGAAAAAUGAAUACGAUAAAAUCACAUCGAAAGUUGAACUGCAAGCAGAAGGUUUAGGAAGUGAUUUCAGAAUUAGAUAUUUCACGAAGUGCAAAAAUUACCCAGAUUUGAUAGAGACGAAUAAAUGCGAAGGUUUCAAAGUUGAUGAUACGAUCGAGUUCGAUGUUGAAUUAGAACUACUUCGUUGUCCAUAUAACCUUAAUACGAAUGAAAAUGUUCACAAAUUCGAUAUUCGUCUGGAAGUCGAUAAGCUAACCGUUGAAGUGCAGCUGAUGUGUGAUUGUAAUAAUUGUUCAAAUCCUGGUCAUCCGUCGUAUAAAGAAAAUUCACCCAAGUGUUCUGGUAAAGGAACGUUGAAAUGCGGCGUUUGCGAAUGCUAUCCUGGAUUUUCUGGUGAAAACUGUGGCUGUGGAGAUUCAGAUGUGGAUAAAAUCGACAAAUGCUCUCCGAAAAACAGCACUCGAAUUUGUUCGGAUCGAGGUUCAUGCAAAUGUAAUAAAUGCGAAUGCCGAUCUGAUAAAGAAGAUGAGCCUAUCUUCGGCGAGUUCUGCCAAUGUAGCAAUUUCAAUUGCCCUCGUUAUGGUGGUAAAUUGUGUUCUGGAUUUGGACAAUGUAACUGCGGUAGUUGCAAGUGUAACACUGGUUGGAUUAAGGACGAUUGCUCUUGCCAUAACAGCACUUCAAAUUGUAUUCCACAGAAUGGAAAUGAAGCAGAUAGUUGUUCUGGUCACGGGAAGUGUGUUUGUAAUAAAUGCGAGUGCGAGCAAGCUGGAGGAUACUGGGGAGCGUAUUGUCAGAAAUGUCCCACGUGUAAUAAUAGAUGUAACGACUUGAAAAGUUGUGUUCAAUGCAGAGUACAUCAAUCUGGCUCUCUCACGAAGGAACAGUGUGACUCCAAGUGUUCCUAUAAUAUCACUAUUAUAGAAGGGUUGUCAGUCGACCACAACGUUGAUUAUGUCUGUUCAUUUGACGACGAUCAAGGCUGUACAUUUAGUUUCAUUUACGAAGCAAUAGGGAGUCGAGUUAAUAUUAUUGCUGAGAAAAAUAAAAAAUGUCCUCCUGAAGCUCAUAUGCCUGUCGUAUUUUUCUCCUUGAUAUUGGGCAUUGUGCUGUUCGGUUUGGCGCUUUUAUUGUUAUGGAAAUUCGUCACCGUGAUACAAGAUCGUAGAGAAUUCGCGAAAUUCGAAAAAGAAAAAGAGAAGGCGAAAUGGGAUGCGGGGCAUAAUCCCAUUUACAAGCAACCAACAUCUACGUUCAAAAAUCCUACCUAUUGUGGAUCGUCAAAACUUGAUUAAGCAUGUUCCUUUAUUAUAAUUUUAAAUUUCAAUGGUGUGAGUUUAUAAUCAUUUUUAACUCAUCGUGAAGAUGUAUUCCAAUCCUUUUGAUUUUCUCAUUUCUAUUAUCUACCUGUUUUAGUAUUACCUAUUUAAUUUUAUCAUUUUUAUAUUGAUUCUCACUUUUUAUUUAAAAAAAAUAAGUAUAUAUUUUUUUCAAAUUUAAAAUCUGGAACUUGUUAGAUAUUAAAAUGUUCCAAUAUUACAGCAUAAUUAUGGACUUCGCACACAGUCCGGCAUAUGACAAUAGGAGUAAUUGUACCCCCUCCCCCCUCCAACCAUCCGAAACAACUUUUUUCUUAAAGGGACAUCCGGUGAACAUAUUUUUAAGAAUUGCUAUAAUGUACUUUUGAUGAAUUUUUGAAAAUAAAACGAAGGAAAAAUAUGAGAAAAAAUAAAAAAUUUUACCAAACUGACCUAGAAAGCUGAAAUUUGGAAUAUACCCCAUUUUCAAGUUUCCCAAUCGACUAAAAACGAUUUUAAACCGUUUUGAGCAAUUCUGGAGCCUCCAGCAGAUUUUUGAAACUUGAAAUUUCCUCUAAACUUCAUCAAAUAAAGUCGAAAAUCCAAAAUUCACGCUGCACUCCGACUUAAACACGUUCUCAAGUCAACUGUUGGUAGGGUAAAGUCAUUUGUCAGCCUCCACCAACUUUUAGAAAAUGUUUGGAGCCCCCAGUAGAUUUUUGAAACUUGAAAUUUCUGCUAAAUGUCAUCAAAUGGAUUUAUAAAGCCAGAAUUCACUCUGCAAACUAAUUUCAAUUUGCUAUGAAUUCGACUGCAGAUGGAUUUCAAGUCGUUUUGGAGCCUCUAGUGACUUUUUGGAAACUACUGGAGUCUCCAGUAGAUUUUUGAAACUUCGGAUCGAAAUUGAAUUUCAUCAUUCGAGCUCAAACGUAGAUGGAAGGGUAAUUUUUGUAUGAAAUCGACGAACAAAAAUUCCUUCCAAACUGGAAUACAUCGACUUUGAAAAAAAUAUCAGGCACUUUAUCGGCCAUUAAGGUCCAAAAAGUAGCUGGGAAGCUUCAAAAUGACUUGAAAUCCAACUGCAGUGGACGUUUGCAGAGUAAAUGUCAGAUCUCCAACUCCAUUAAUUGAUGAAAUAUGAGGAAAAUUCAAGUUUCAGAAACCUGCUGGAGGCUCCAGAACUGCUCGAAACGAUUUGAAACUGUUUCCAAUCGAUUUUCCGGGUCAAAAAUAGGGUAUAUCCCAAAUUUUAGCAUCCUAUAUCAAUUUGGUAAAAUUUUGAUUUUUUUGCCCAUUUUUGAUUACCUAAGUUCGAUUUUUAAAAAUUCACCAAAAAUCAAAAAAGGCAUUUCAGCACUUGAAAUUCUGACUGGUGAUUUUUAAAAAUCAAAGGGCAAAAAAUAGGGAAAAAUCAAAAUUUCAUCAAACUGACCCAGGAGCACUUUAUUUUUGUCCUUCCAAAUGGAUUUCAAACGGUUUUUGAACAUUUCUGGAACAUCCAGCAUAGGUAUUUUUGAAUGUUAAAAUUUCCACAUCUCAUCACACCUCCAGGAGCACCCCCCCCCCCCUCGGUUACACGAUGACUGUAUUGAACUUCCUUUAUCUAUCCUAUUCGACCCUAGAUGUAUUAGAAUUUCAAUCCAUUCAUUCUGUUGGAAAUUCGUCCAAAAAAAUGAGAAAAACUAAAACCUCCGAACAACAUUUAGAAACGCCAUAAAAUAAGCUGAAAACGGACAUAUUGCUCGAUGGAGCUCGGAGAUCAGCGUUGUAAUACAUCGAAUGGAAAAAUACCCUACGUGAUGGUAACCUAUUAUUGAGGUAAAUUCAUCCGUAAAAUAUGCUGACAACGUGUAAACUUGUAUAUUUACUCUUUAUGUAAGCUCGCUAGGUACUUUGUUCUAGAUGAAGUUAUCAUUAUUUUAUGUGGUAAAACUAAAAUGUAAACCCCCAGUGUACUGGAUGGGAUACGUAUUGCACUGGUUUAUGAUCUACUUCCGCACUUUUACGCUGUACUAGAGUAAUAUGGUUGCACUCUAGAAUCAUCGCGAGAGCUGCUAUACUAAAAGGAGUAAGAAACGUAUAUGAGUU